UUAGUGUUAUCAGGAGUGACAGGCUGGCACACGUUGAAUGAAAAAGCUAGUGGUACAAAUACAGGGAGGUCAGAGGGAUAGCCUCAUCAUUUGCGACAACACUUGUUGACUUGCUGAAGGAGGACAGGAAAGAAGGAACGUGCUAAAUUUAAGAUUGGAUUUCAAAAUGGCACAUCUCACGAGCCUUCUCUGCAUCUUGUGCCUGGUCGGGUCCGUCAUCGGCCAGGACAUGCCUUACGAGGAAUACAUGGCCCAGAUCCAAGCCUGCCCUAAAGAGUGUCACUGCCCCCCAAACUUCCCGCGUGCUGUCUACUGUGACAACAAAGGCCUGAAGACCAUCCCCCAAAUCCCUAAAAACACAUGGUAUCUCUACAUGCAGAACAAUUUAAUAGAAGUGCUGUCAGCUGAUGCCCUGCGUAAUGCCACACAACUGCGCUGGCUGACCCUAAACCACAACAAAAUCACAAGUGAAGGAGUGGAAGAAGGUGUCCUGAGUGCAAUGUCUAACCUGGCGCACCUGUACAUGGAUGACAACCUCUUGUCUUCGGUGCCAUCGCCCCUGCCAGCCAGUCUGGAGCAUCUACGUCUCUCUCGCAACCGCAUCUCCAAGAUCCCCGCUGGUGUCUUCAUUGGUCUGGAUAAGCUGAGCCUCCUGGACCUCCAGGGGAACAAGCUGAUGGAUGAUGCUGUGACUGAGGUGAGCCUGAAGGGUCUAAACAACCUGGUACAGAUCAACCUAGCCAAGAACCAGCUGACAAGCAUGCCUCUUGGCCUCCCACCCACCACCACUCAGCUUUUUCUGGAUGGCAACAACAUUGAGAAGAUCCCAGCCGGCUACUUUAAAGGAUUGCCCAAAGUGGCAUUCCUGAGGCUCAACCACAACAAACUUGGGAGCAGUGGAGUUCCCCCAAAUGUGUUUAAUAUCUCCAGCAUUUUGGAUUUGCAACUGUCCCACAACCAGCUGACUGAGGUGCCCGUCAUUUCCUCAGGCCUUGAACACCUUCUCCUCGACCACAACAAGAUCAAAAGUGUAAGCGGCUCCAAUAUCUGCCCUGUCUCCAUUGACAGUGUUGACGACUCUAUCAAUGAAAGUGUUCCUCGAUUGCGCUACCUCCGGCUGGACGGCAACGAGAUUAAACCACCAAUUUCGAGGGAUGUCAUCCUCUGCUUCCGUCUCCUGACGUCCAUUGUCAUCUAAGAAAAUGAAACUCAUCUACAUGUCAUUGGCUAAUUCUUAUUUCCCCCAAUCAAUGACUCUGCAAUUUGGAUGCUGGUCUAAAGUAAUUGGACUUGUGACAUAGGUCAAACUUGCAUGUUUGUGAAAUAUUUUACACUAGUUGGCAUCAACUGACUUUAUUGUUGUGUCUCGGGGAAAAGCUCAUUUUCAGUUCCAGAAAACAUGAAGAUUUCAGUUUGUUUAAAAUAAAAUUCAAAAGUAACAACAAAGUCUUGAAGGAACCUUCGAGUUAGACGCUGAACUGAGGCGGCUGUUGCCCACUAGUUGUGCCUUAUGUUGUUGUAAACAUCCGCAUUUAGAAUUAUGAACCAAAAUCUCUUACAACAUAGCAUGACAGUGAUUUAGGGGCGAAUUAUCAUACUUAUGGUAUGUGAAUAUCUUAAUGAUAGUGACUUAAUGUCAUUAUUGUUUUUUUUAGCAGGAGGCAGAACCUAUGAAUGCAUAGGGAAAUAUAUCUUUGGGUUUUUUAUCUGCUGUUUCAGGAAAACCUUUCCUUUAUAUCUGUAGACUUGAAGCCAAACAAAUGUUCUUGUGUUCUUUUAACCUUAGAACAUUAUUCUGUUCUACAAUUAUGAAUAUGUACUGUAGGUAAUUUAUUUUUAUUUAAUAUUGUUUGAGAAAAAUUGUCCAAAAAAAUGCAAACAUUUUAGAGUCCUGUCUAUAUUCAUGGCCAAUAUUCCUUAAUGUUUUGUAUGCAAAAGAAUGCCAACACUACUUUUUAAUUCUGGUCAUUAUUGAAUAACCAGAAUUAGAGGAGCAAGAGAUUCAAUUUUAAUUAUCUUGAUUUGAAUAAAAUUUCCAAAAAGGAAAAUGUAAUUUUGUCCUUUUUUAUAUCUUUCACCGAAAUGUAAAUUAUUUGGUAGAAAUACUAUUGACAAUCGGGUGUUUUUAGCCACGUCACUAAAAUGUUUUUUUUCCAUUCAUUUAACAUUUUCUAUGAAUUACCGGACUUCCAUUACAUGAGUAAAGUAGCCUUGACCUAAA